CGGAAUAAGUUCUUUUGUUGACGUUUUUCUUUCGACUCUUAAAAAGCCGAUAAUGCUAUUUAUCUAAUCAACUUUAAAAAAAAAAUUGUCCCAGUUUAGCUGUUCCACUUAGAAAAUUCUAUUGUAAGUAAAUUUCAGGGUAUUUGUAUCUUAUUUUAAACAUCUAAUAUAGAUAAUAAUUAAUAAACUCGUCAUAUUCUUUCAAUUAUAUUAGGUACAUCCAUAUAAACCAUCUGGAUAGGGGUUAUUAUAAAUAUUAACAUCUUUUAAUUUACUUUGAAUACUUGUUUCAACUGUGAAACAUUAGCUAGUAUAUAUACUAUUAAUUUAAUUUAAAGGAACUUAUUAACUAAAUAGUAAACACGAAGAGUAUUCAAUAAGUUUUCAAGUAGUAUAUAUUUUGUAAAAUAUCUAAAAUUGCUAUUGGGUUUCUCAAAUUUCUAUAUCUUAUAUUAGUGUAUCUACAUGACUUCUGUUUUAAAAAACAUAAAUAUUUUAAUUGAUUUAAUACCUAAUUUUGAUUUUAUUGAUAUAUAUGUCUAUAUAAUAUUGGAAAUAAUAUGUUGAGUUCCUUACAUAGUAUAGAUUUUUCAUUUUUGAGAUUUAUGUAAUGUACAAAUUAUAUUUAACAGAACUAACUAUUAAGUAAUAAAAACGAUUUUUUUUACAUAUCGGUGUUUAUAAUUUAUAACUGUUGUGUCCAGUAAUGUAGUGUUAAUGAAGUAUUGGAUAUAAAAUCAAAAAAAGGUAUGUAACCGUGUUGUAGGCAUUAAGGUCUUAAGGCAUUAAUAUAUUAUUAGAGGUAUUCUAAGAGAAGCAAGUAGAGCAGGAAAUUAAAGAGAAUAAGUUGAAGUAAUUCUGUUGUUAAUAGGAGAAACGAUAAGGUUGAUAGAUACCAAGAGAAGAGGUAGGCCAAAGAAAAUUUGAAUUGUAGAAUAAUUUUAGAAAUAUAAAGAUAGGAAGUUAUGAAGGAUAUAGGGAAGGAAAUAAAACUAGCUGACCACUACUUUGGUGAGAUGUAAAGAAAAAAUUGAUCAAUCUAUUAUUGUAAAUUGAGAAAACAAUUCAAUAUAUUUAGUAAUAAACCUAUAUAUUAUAGGUUUUCAUUAAAGGUUUAUUUAACUCAUAAUUAUGUAUGAAUUUAGUAACACCAUGGAUUUUAUUAUAAAUUUAUUAUUUAUUAUUUAAUAAUUAAUUCUAUUAUCAAAUCAAUGAUAAUACCGAUCCUGUGAUUUAAAAAAGUUAAUUUGUAUUUAAUAUAUAUUUAUUCUAAAUUUAAGUAGGUAAAUAUUAGUAAUUGUAAUUUUAUUAUAUAUUUUUAAAAGAAUAUGUAUAUUUAUUUUUUAGAUUGAAUUCAAAAACUAAGAACUAGUUUGGACAGUAUUUUCGUACUCAUGCAAACCAACAAGAUGAGAGGUAUAUUUCAGCUCUAGUUUUUUAAAUUUAGAAUUGGUUUUUUAAGUCUUUUAUUUACUAUAACCUAUAAAUACCAGGUAAUUAAUUUAAGUAGAUACACUCAAUAUCUUGGAAAGUAUUAACUUUUCCGGAAUUUGUUUUCUAGAAAAUUAAGAAACAAUCUGCUCUACAAUUUUAUAUUUAUGUUAUUAUUUGUCAUCCUUAUUUUUGGGGGUAAAAUCACUAUCUACUUUUAAUUUUAAAAUGGCAACCUAUAUUAAUAAUUCCAUAAAUAGAUAGAGUAUUAGUUAAAAUAAAUUUGAGUGUUCAAAUUUUUGAUUUCUGUUAAGCUGUUGACGAGAUAUUUCAUUUUUAAGUUUAGGUUGAACGAGAAAAAGAAUUUUUUUAGGGUUUUAAGUGCGUUUUGAAUCAAAUUUUAUUUUAAGAUUUUCACACUGUAAUAUGAUUUUUAGAUUAUAAAUAUAACAAAUUAUUAAAUGGGUGCUCAUAUUAUAUAAUGGAAUACAAUUUAUAUUAUCAGUCAAUAGUAAUGUCAAAACUUAAUGAACAAGGAUUAAACAGAUAAAUUUUAAGGCAAAACCAAUAUGAUAUUUUUAGAAUCAUUCGAUUUUCUAUUUAAUAGUCUGUUAAAGUAAUAAAAUCGACUAUCGUUCAGUACAAGUUUUGUUGUAAAGUGAAUUUAUAAUAUAUUUUAUAUCAAAAAUAAACACAAUUUUUUAGUGUAUUAUUUAGAAUUUCCAAGGUUUAAAAUCUUUUUUUAGGGCAUUUUAUUCCUACUUAUAAGUUACUCAAAAAUAGACAAAAUUCGACCACACAUGGCUAAUAUAAAUAUUCUGUGAAACUUGCAUGUCUAUGAUUAUAAAGAAAAAAAAAUAGAAAAUAAUGAAACUAUUAAUGUCAUUCACUAUCUCAGAUAAAUUCCAAUUAUUGAGAAAAGUACACAGAAAGCGAAAAAUGACCUUAAUAUACCAACUAAAUCCAAACACAAUAAAAAAAAGUCUAGUCAUUUUUUAAUUUGAGGAAGAUUUCUGUUAUAAAAGUUUUACAUAAACACAAACAAAAAAGACUGACAUACCUCACACAAUGGGUGGGUCGUUGUUGUAAGUUAGAAGUUGGGAAGUUAAGAUAUAGAGGUGAAUUUAUAAUUGUUAGCAAUGAUAAACCAUUGCUUACGAAAAUUGAUUAAAUUGAUUCGAAGCGAAGUUUGAUUGUACAGGUUUUAAAAAGUCGUAAUAUUUUACGAUUUUCAUCAAAAUUUGCAAAUAAAAUUCUUAUUAAAAAAAAGUAUUACAUUAUUCAAUUGUUUUUUUUUUUUUUUUUUGAACAUUAAGUUAAUUUAUUACAACAACAAAAAAUUGAAAAUUAUAACUUUUGUAAAUUUUCCGUUUUUUCUCAAUUAUUAUGAAAACCGCUUGGAAAAUCAAAAAAUUAUCUCCCUCAUGUACCAAGUAGAUAGAAUUUCCUUUCACAAAAGGUGAUACAUUUGUAAGACUUUGGUAGUAAAGUUAUAAAAAAUAAAUAUUGCAAAGCCAAUAUAUUCCUCGCCUACUCCCUGAAUUUAAAAUACCCAUCAUAGUAAAAUCAUACAUUUCUUGAUACAUUUGGAAUCUAUAAGAGCUGGCAAGGGCAUGGUCGUGUGUCACUGUUUUAGGUAGUAAGUUGGAAAGGUAAGACCCAGAGUUAUUUUAUGUAUAUCUUUGCAAUGAUAAAUCAAUAAACAAUGAAGAUUUUUAUUAAUAAAUGUACCACAUUCAAUGCAAUUUUCUUUGGUCAGCACCUACUGUUCUGCUCCAAUUACCCCCUACACAACUAUCUCAAUCACUGCUCCCACACUGUAUCUAAUUGUACAGCUUUACAUCUAUUUUUAAUCGAAUUACAAACAAAUCUAAAAUAAUUAAACGGUUAUAACUCAUGAACAAUAAAUCUGAUAUGUUAUGCAUAUCAUAAUUUUUAGAAUUAUAUUCUUUAUUUGAAUCUGUGUUCAAAAAGGGCGGUUUCUAUUUGAAAAACAAAAGCUCAUACUUAUUUAAGGUAUAUGGAGUAGGGGUAAAAAAUUGAAAAUAAAGCUUAAAUGAUUCCAUAAUAAUGAAAAAACAGAAAUCAAAUUCAUUUAAAAAUCCUUCAAAAAUUAAUAGUUCAUUAUAAAAAAAAUUGCCUGUAAUUUAUUUUAAUAAUUAUUAUAUUGUAGUAAACGUUAGGUUAGGUUUUUGCAAAAAUUUUAAAUUGGUUUGGUUUUCUCCCAGUAUUUAUAUUUUUUUCUGCGAAAUAUAUUAUAUUAUACGAAUAUAUCCCCGUUACAUAAAGAUUUAAUGUAUCUUAAUAUAGUUUGUCUGUAAAUAUUAAUAUGUAAUAAUAGAGUUUGUUUAAAUAUCAGAUUAAUUUUUUUUCUAAUUUGAAUUUUUUCCGUAGAUAUAUUAUAUUAUACUUGAUAAAUAGUGAUAUAAUAAUUAUGUUGAUUAUAAUGUUAUAGAUUUAUUCUAUUACUUGACUUUUUAAAGCGUAUAGUUUUCUUUAAAACUUUUUCCAACUUCUUUAAAUUAAACUUGUUUAUCAAAUUAAUUGUAUAAUUUUAAGAUGGAUGUAACAUGCUAAUUCAAUUCUAUAGCAUAUAAUUGUUAUUUAAAUAAAUAUAUUUACUAUUUUUAUUAUAGCUAUAAUUAAUACAAUUUAAUGUAUUGAUCAACAUUUUUUUUAAAUUUACAAUAUGUUGAAUAAUUUAAAUUACAGUACUUUCCACAUUUUUUAUAUAAAUUAUUGACAAUUUAUAAUUUAGGUCGCCCGCCAAAGGCAAAAUCAACAUGUACUAUGUGUAAUGAAUCAAAACAUCCUUUAAACUAUGUAUUACCUACACAAAAUGGGAAAAAGGAAUUUUGCUCCGUUAAUUGUCUUGCUGAAUUCCGUAAAGAAUAUGUUAAGGUAAUUUUAUUAUAUUUAUUAUUGAAUAUUAUUAAUUUCAAACAAAUUAAAAUUUCUGUAACUGUCAAUAUUUUUUCAGUUAAUUGGAAUAAUUUAUUAGUUUUAUAAUUGUUAUUAUUGAAUAUUUAAAACCAUAUACAAAUAUAUAUAUGUGUAAUAAUAUUUAUAUUUGUAAAGUUUAAAAAAUAUUUGUUAUUGUUAUUGUUUUAGAAUGGGUGUGCAAAUUGUGAUAAUAUAAUUAAAGGCACACCAGUAAAACAAGAAAAUCAAGAUUCUACUCCAAAAAAAUUCUGUUCUGCUGCUUGCUUAAAUAAACACCAAAGAAAAGAACUAUCCAAAAAAAGUUAGUACUAAUAUGACUUAUUUUCAAUAGUUGAUUAAAGAAUUAAUAAUUUAUUAAUUUUAAAAAAAACUUUCAUAUAUAUUAUAAAAAAGUUUUUUAAAAAUUGAAUGUACUUAUUUGUAAUUUGUAUAAAUAUAAUAUAUAAUUAAUAUAUUUAUAUUUACUAUACAUGUAUAUAUAUAUUAUAUUAUAUAUUUAUAUAUGUGCAGGCCUGGCUCAAGGGAUAGGCGACACAGGCCCACGUCUAGGGGGGCAUUUCAAAUUUUUGACGAAUUUAUACAUAUUUAAGGGGCGGCAAACUUAAGUUUGCUUAAGUGUGUUUAAACGCUCGAGCCGGGCCUGUAUAUGUUCGUAAUAGGUAUUUUUAUAUUAUUUUUUUUUUGUAUUUCUAAGCAAAGAGAGGUAGAGGAAGGCCAAAGAAGAAAUGGAUAGACGUAAUUGAGAGUAAUGAGAUGACAGUUGGUGUAUGCUUGGUUGAUGUGGCAGAUAGUUAUAAGUGGAAAUUGAGGACUGAGGUAGCCGUUCCCAAAGAGCUAGGAGCAAAGGCGAAGACCAAGGCAAUAUGUAUGAAUAUUACUAUAAAUAAAAUAAUUUUAUUAUGAAUUUUAAGGGACGGGUACAGUUAUUUGAAAAUCAUAAGGAUAAAUAAUAGUGGCCUGAGAGUAAUUUCUAUACCUAUAAUUACAUUUCUUAUAUUUUUUAAUAUUAAAUAAUACUAUAUUUUAAUGUAAAAUUACUUUGAAUGGGGCCCCAGACGAAUCAAACAACCAACCCAUUAGAGGAAAUUAUUUAAAAAUAAACCCUAUUUGGUAGACUUUAUUUUGUGUGCAAUAUGUUAAUAUGUGACUAGGCCACGUUAUCAAAAACGGUUCUUAUCAUUUUCAAAUAACUGUACUACACCAGAAUUUUAACUAUUUGUGCAUGUAACUGGGCGCUGUAAUUUGAGUAUACUUUCCUGUUAACUCAGCUAUUUGAUUUAUAUUUUUAUUCGAAAAACUAAAUCAGUCCCCUUUUUCAGCUAAAAAUAUUUAAAAAAUAAGAUUAUAAUAUUAAAUAAUUGGAUCAAAAGAUUUAAUUUAAAUAAUAUGCUAUUAGACCCACUCAGUUGUACAUUAAUGCUCUAUCUAUGAAUAAGAUAUUAUGCAAGCAUUUUUUCUUCUUAAAUUAUGUAUGAGAUAUCUUCCAAUUUAUACACUUGAUAUAAAUCAAAGGGUAAUACUUUUUAGCGUGUCUUAAAAUAUAUGAAACAAAUAUUGCUUUUGUUUAUUACUUAAGAAGUAAUUUUUGUUUUCUUGGGUAAGUCAUAUCUUGGUGAUAACCACCAGUUUGUUUCUAAAGGUAUAUGGUUUUUAAUUAUUUUAGGCAUUCUAAAUGUAGUCAAGGUCAAGUUUUAUACUCAUGUUAAAAUAAAAUUUGUUAGCUAGAUAGAUGAUCAUCAAACAUUUUUACUUUCAUCAGAAACUUUAGUCGAAUGGGUGGUGGGGGAGAGGGUAGAAAUAUUAGUUUACCUGAGGUAUUUUUUAGAUUCUGAGUGUAACAAAGAAUGUAUAGUUUUACAAAGAUGUUUAUUUGUUAUGAUGUUUAUAUGUAUACAAUGUAAACUCUUUUUUGAAAGGAAAUUUUCUUAAGGUGGUACUUUAAGGAAGUAAUUUUUUUGAUUUUCUUGGCAGUUUUCCCAAUAAAAGAGAAAAAGUGGGGGAAAACGGGGAAUUCACAUUUAUAAUGCUUUUAUUAUUUGUUGUAAUUCAGUUAAAAAUAUUCAUAUUGAUUUGAAAUUAAGACAGAAAACUUAUGUUUGCCUUUUUUUUUAGAUAUAGUAAAAUUUCAAAACAUUUGAGCCACUUUUUGGCUUUUUACACAAAUUUUAAUAUUUUUUUUAAAUUUAGUUUAAAAUAUUUGUAUCGAUUUUAUGGACUUACAAUUUAAAAAAAAAAAAUUAUAUUUACCUUUUCAAGACGUAGAAAAUUUUCAAAAAUAUUUAAGAUAUAUUUGAGCUUUUAAUAGACAUUUUAACUUUGAGAGUUUUAUACAAAAUUUUUAUUCGAUAGGUACUGUGUAGUCAAAUUGUUAGACUAAAUAGCAAUGCGUGGACAUUUAAUAGGAGGUUCAUUAAAAGUCUAGAUCUUUUUAUAUCAAAUUUUUAUGAAAAUAUUUGGAUAAAAAAUUAUGUAUUACAAAUCUAAUUUUUCAAUUUUUUUUUUUCGCACAUAUGUAUACUACCAAUUAAAGAAUGAUGGUGAAGUCAAAAUUGAUCGGACUAAGUUCUGAAAUUAUAGCUUUUUGAAGUUCUGGUACUAUGCGGAUUUUAUAUGUUAUUAAUAAACUUAAUAUUUUCUUUUUUAAAGAAUGUUUGUCAUAGCUGAAUGGUUAUACAUACCUAUACCGUUUAACUCGUGACCCCUAGUAUAAUAAUCCUAGUAGUCGAGAGUUUAAACCCGUGUUAUGAAAAACAUUUUUGCACUUAUUUUUUCGUUUUUACCAAAACAGAGAAAAUACAAAUGCAUUUUAGGUGUAUCUAGAAAUCUAGCUAUCGCUCGCUCGGACUAUUUUACUCGAAAAAUACAUAUCGAUUUGUUGUGCAAACUUUUCUACCAACAAUUUUGCUCCGAUGUAUCAAGUGUAGCUUAUUUUCUGAAAGGAAAUUUUAUCUUUAUGGUAAUUUAGGGAGGUUAUUUUUUGAUUUUUCAAGUGGUUUUCAUAAUAUUUGGGAAAAACCAGGAUAAAAUAUUGGAAAAAUUGAAAAUGUACCAAAUGUAGGUAUUAGUAAAAAAAUAUGGCCUUAUUUUUUCUGUGUACAAUUUUUCUACCAGCAAUUUUGGUCCGAUUUAAAAUGAUAGCACUUUUCUGAAAGGAAAUCUGACUGGGAGGGAAGGUACUUUUUCAAUUUUUCCAAUAUUUUACCAGCAAAUGUGAAAAACUGGGAUAAAACCAUGGGAAAAAACGGAAAAAUCGAUACAAUAUUAAACAAAUAUUGUUAAAGAAAAUAUAUUAUGCCUAUUUAAUGAUUUUACCAUAAUAUGACUUGUCUAUUGUUGACAAAGCAUCACUAUCAACUGAACUGCACUCAUUUACUAUGGUUUAUUGUGUUGCUUACAGGUAGACAUUAAAUUACUUAUAACAGAGCCACCCUAUCCCAUUAUUCUAGGAAGUCUUUUUUAUCAUUAUUCCAAAGUGGACAAUCUGAUUUUAAAUAUUGUACAGUAAUAUUUGAUAUACAUAUUCAAUUAUGUUUUUAGCUGUAUUUGGCGAUGUUCAAGUAGAACAUCCAUUCUGUACUCAUGGUAAUUCAGUAUUUGAUUGGGACAGUUAUCUUAAAGAAACAUCUAGUACUGCAGCUCCUGCGUAUUGUUUUAAACAGGUUAGUCUAAAAAAAAUGUAUGUAAUAAUAAUACUAUUAAAUCAAUAUUUUUUUUGGUUUAAUGUCAUUUUUGUGGAUAUAUUUGUGUGUGUGUGUGUGUGUGAGGACUUAAAUGUAAAAUAUAUCAUAAGUCACAACUUAAAAUGUACUAGAUUAAUAUAUUAUUUAUAGCAUGAAGAAUCUCCAGAGAAUGAAUUUAAACCUGGUAUGAAAUUAGAAGCAGUAGAUCCUCGAAAUAUAACAUCUAUAUGUAUCGCAACUGUAGUAGGUGUGGUUGGACCUAGAAUACGUCUACGUCUCGAUGGUGGAGAUAAUAAAAAUGAUUUUUGGCGAUUAGUUGACUCUUCAGAAUUAAAGCCAGUUGGAUAUACAGAAAAAAAAGGAGGCAUGCUACAACCUCCACUUGGUAAUUAAUAUUUAUUUAUAUUUUGUUUUGUUUUUUUUAAAUUUUAUAUUCUUUUAGGCUUCCGUAUGAAUGGCUCACUAUUCCCUAUGUUCCUGGUGAAAACUCUAAAUGGAGCUUACUAUUCUCCUGAUACUGCUUUUAAAUCAGAACCAGAUACUCCUACAGAUAAUUUAUUUAAAGUUGGUCAAAAACUUGAAGCAGUUGAUAAAAAAAAUCCACAUUUAAUUUGUGUAGCAACUAUUGGUAGAUCUUAAAUUAUAAUUAUUUUUUCAAACUAAUAAUACACAUAUUUUUGAAAAUAAAAUGAUUGUAUAAUCAGAAAAAUAUGAUCCCAUUAAAUAUUCAUGUGGUUUUAAUUUGGUUAGGUGAUGUUGAUAAAAAUAAUAUAUUUGUUACAUUUGAUGGAUGGAGAGGAGCGUUUGACUAUUGGUGUUCAUAUGACUCUAGAGAUAUAUUUCCAGUAGGGUGGUGUUUAAAAAGUAGUCAUCCACUUCAGCCACCUGGCAACAGCCACCAUAAAGGUAAUAAUAAUAUUUCCUUAAUUUAUUACAUUUAUUGAUAAAUUUAACAAUAUUAAUUAACAAACGGUAUAACAAAUCAGCUGUUACAGGAUCUCGCUAUUCAGGAGGUAGACCAAAUGGCGCACAAACUUCUAAUGUAAAACAAAAUUUAAAUGAUUCCAUGAAUUUAUCACCAGAUAGUGCGAGUGAUCUUGAAACUGGUAUACAAGAAUCAUGUUCUGGUAUUACAAUUUGUAAAAAUUUAAUUAUUUAUACAAAUUUCUUGAUUUUAAUAAUACAUUUUUAAAUUGUUAUGAAAUUGCAUAAAAGAAGGUUUAUUUUAUUUCAGUUUUUAUAAAUCACGAAUGCAAAUGUGGUCCUUUUAUGGAUUCCUCUAAAUUAUUUGAACUUCCUAAACAAUUGGGACCUGGAUUAGUACAAAAAGUAUUAAAAGAUACUAUACAACAUUUAGUAAACACUGCACAUGAUAUACAAUCUGUAACUACAUUAAUGAAAAAGCAAGGUGAUAGUACAUGUACAAUAACAGGUAAAAAAAUUUAAUAUUUUAUUUAUUAGUAGUACAACAUUUAUUUUUAAAUAAAUUGUAUUUAUUCAUAAAUUAAAGAACCUAAAAGUGAUCUAAAUAAAUUAGUUGUUUUACAUACUUUGAGUUACAUUAGGUCAAAUGUAUAUUUUCUUGUACAGUAAAUAUUAUAAAUAUAAAAUUAUAUAAUUAUUACUUUACUAAGAUUUAAUUUGGUUUUAUUUUUAGCUACAUACGAAGGGAAAUCUCGAGUUUUUAAAUUACCGAAAAUUGAGAAAGCAGAUGAGUUUUGGGAAUAUAUCAAAACUUUAUUAGAAGAUUUGUCGUGUUGCAAAAAUUUGUUGAGUCCUGCUCUAAAUGUUUGUUCAGAGUGCAAAUUGGAAAAAAAUAAAAAUAUUAGUAUGAGUAUAACAGUUAAAAUUGUAUACAUUUAUUUAAAUAAUCGUUUUUUAAUUUCAGAUGUCAAUGAAGUAAUAACAAAUGACAAAAAAAAUAUAAAACGACAUGGUUCACCAGAGAGCUCGACUCCUGAUGAAGUGACAUUGAUAACAAAAAUGCCUCGUACAAACGAACCUGAAAUGGAAGCAGCAUCUUCAACAACUUCAACUGAAGGACAAUCAAGAUUACCUGUAGAUCCUGCAGAAUGGUCUGUAGAAGAUGUUAUUCAACACAUAAAUUGUGUAGAUAUACAAUUAAAUACAUUUGCUGAUCUUUUUAGAAAACACGUGAGUUUAGUUUGUGUAUGCUAAAUUUGUAUAACUUGUUACAUCAGAUAUAUUAAAAAUAUAUACAUGAUUAUUUUAGGAAAUUGAUGGAAAAGCCUUAUUAUUAUUGAAUUCAGAUACUAUGAUGAAGUAUAUGGGACUUAGAUUAGGGCCUGCUUUGAAACUUCAAAAUUUAAUAAACAGAAUAAGACCACGUAGAAGAUAAAAGUAAUUAUGAUACUUAUAAAUAUAAUAUACAUAUAUUAAGGUGUAUGUUCUAAAAGUGAUGAGUAUUGACAGUCAAUGGUGAUUGUUCAUAUAUACCAGCAAUUUUGUUGAAUAUUUGAAUUUAUAUAAAUAUUAUAAAUUUGGGGACAUUUUCUGGUGUUAAUUGACAUGCACAACGGGUAGUGAAUGUUGCAUAUCUUGAUAAAAAUAUCAUCUUUUUGACAUUUUAAAAUGUAUUUAUUUUAAUUAUUAUAACAAAGUAAAUGCUUGUAAUAUUCUGAGUUGCACUCAAGUACACUGUUAACUAAACGAUUAUAUUUGUUUGUAAUGCUUAAUAUUUUAAAUAUUACCAACAUUCACACUACUUUUGGUAUAUGUUGUCAAAAUUCGCUAACUGCGAAUGAUUUUAUAGUGGAACAAGUGAAUUUUCAUGAAAUCUAUCACAAUUGGAAUUAUAUUAAUAGAGUUUUGAUUUGAAAAAAAAAAAAAUAAUUAAAUGUAUUCUAUUAAAAAAAAAUUGAGUUGACUAAAUAUUAUUUAUAAUUAUAUUGUUAAUAUAGGUUUUAUGUAUUUGAAUAUUUUGUCAGUUAUUUAACAUUAACCUAACUUUAUCUUUUUGCUCUUCAGUUUUAAUUUGAUUGUAUGAAUUUAAAUAUACCUCCACAUUAAUUAUAAGAAAAAUGCUUGUGAUUGUUAACAUUUUUUAAAUAUUUGAACUUAAAUAUUUUCUCUUUUAGAACUAACAUAUUUUAAUUUGAUACAAAUUAUUUGUACACACAUUUUAAUUAUUUAUAUUUCAUACUUUUCAGGUAAUUUAACUGAUGUCCUAUUGAUAAAUUAUAAGCUUAUUUAAUCUUGUUAAAAAUGAAUAUUUAAUGUUUGAUAAUUUUAUUACCCAACUAUUGUAAUGUUGUAAUGUAUGAUGACUUAAUUGGUGCUUAAGGUAAGAUAAAUGUUUUUUAUUGAAAAAAAGUCAUCAUUCUAACCUAAUAUUCUACUGAAUAUUUGAAUUAUUAUUUUAUAAAAUAAUACUUUUAUUUAUAUUUUUGUUUUUAAUAAAAAUUUGAUUAUUGAUUUGCUUUUUCUUUUCAUUCACCUUUUUAAUAAUUACAUACAUGUUUACUUUUAUUUUCCAUUUACAAGUUUCUUUUUCAUUUAAUGUUCAAGAAUAUUAUGUUAUCAUCAAACAUAUAUAUAUAUAUAUAUAUAUAUAUAUAUUAUUUUUAAAUUAAUAUUUAUGUAUAUUUUUAAUAAAUUCCAUGUAUUAAUAAGCUUCAAAAUUAUUUUUUUAAAACUAUUAAAUUAUUUAUUGGAUUUAUAAUAAAUAUUUUUUUUAACAGAUUUUUUUCUUUAUACAGAGGUUUAGACGGGGUAUAUUAUAGUUUUAUUUCACCUAUUGUUCUGUGGGAAUAAAUUUAUUUAUUAUAAUAUUUUUGUUAUUAUGAUAUUAUUCUUUUAAGAGUAUUGAUUAAAUAUUCUGGGAACAAAACCUCGCUUAGCACAAACAUAUUCAAAUUGUUUAAUUGAUAGUCCACAAUAUCCUAUUAGCCAACAUUAUUAGUUUAAUAAGUAGAAACAAAUGAUUUAAAUUAUAAUGAAAAAUUUAAUUAUGAUUAUAUGAAAAAAAAAAAGUACAAUUAUACACUCCAAGGUUUAACUUUUAGUUUAUUUGUAUUAUUGAUAAUGUUAUAUUUUUGUUAUUAACUUUAAGUCCAUUUAAAAUAUAUAUAUUAAAUAUAACUGUAAUAUUUUAUUAUGUUUCAACUUUUUAUACAUAGGGAUAUUUUAACAUAUUUUUAGUGAUAUAAAUAUUAAAAUGUAUUUAUUAAUUAUAUUGUAAUUUUAUAGCCUUAAAGGGAGAAAAAUAUAAUGGCAAUUGUUUCUGUG